GGUUUAGGAAAAUUGACCCUAAAUUUCCCGCCAAGUACCAUUACCGUUGGAUAUUGGGUGCCAUUCCCACCCCCAUUUUCCACCCCAAGUCACGUGUUCUUUGGUACUUCCCCCCUGAUUUGCCAAGAAUCUAGACAUAAGCCAUGGAGCUCGAGAGCGGACAGAAGGUCGGUGAAAUAUUCACGGCCGCUGGAGCGGCGUUCAACAAAUUGGGAGAACUUACCAUGCAAUUACACCCUACUACGGAUUCACCCGCCGGUAAAUGGACUGACGAAGAAAUUGAAAUGCUUCGUCACUCUGUAAAAACGUUCAGCGAAGAUCUGAACAAAAUCAGUGAACACAUCAAGGGAAGAACAGUAUCUCAGAUAAGAACGACGCUUAAGAAAAAAGCUUUCGAAGAAGCUGGUGUACCGAUAAGGCAACAGCAAGUUAUUUCUCAACAAAAUGUUCAGCAAAGUGGUGGUGGAGGAGGAGGUGGGGGAGGUGGCGGAGGUCAGCAGCAGCAGGCUCAGACGCAAAAACAGCAACAAGCGGCUGGUAAUCAAGGCAUGAUGGGUAAAUCCGCAGAAGUUACCCUCAACAUGUUAAACGCCCCAGAAUCUGAAGUAGACGUUGAAGGCUUACCGGAGGAAUGUCAAGUCAAGUUAGAAUUUGAAGGAGCGACGGAGGAAGUUGCCUCCUAGAUUCGGUUAGAUGUAAAAUAUUUUAAGGGGGGCGGUUCAUGACUCUGGGUGAGUAUUGUUGUUUAUUCAAAAAUAAGAAGAAGAAAGCUGUGUACAUUUAUGAAGCA